UUUUUUCUCCACUGAGCCGUUGUUGCUGUUUCAGAGUUACGUGCCAGUGUGAAUUUGUUUUUAGUCCUUUUUUUUUCCAGGAUCAUGAGUACUAUGUUUGCGGACACGAUUCUGAUCGUGUUCAUCUCUGUUUGCACAGCGCUCUUGGCGGAAGGAAUCACCUGGGUUUUGGUGUAUCGGACAGAAAAGUACAAGAGACUAAAGGCUGAGGUUGAAAAGCAAAGCAAAAAACUUGAGAAGAAAAAGGAAGCUAUUACAGAAUCUGCAGGACGCCAGCAGAAGAAGAAGAUUGAAAGACAAGAAGAGAAACUGAAGAACAACAACAGAGACCUGUCCAUGGUGCGCAUGAAGUCCAUGUUUGCUAUCGGGUUCUGCUUCACGGCUUUAAUGGGCAUGUUCAACUCCAUUUUUGAUGGAAGAGUUGUUGCCAAACUGCCAUUUGUGCCGCUGUCCUACAUCCAAGGCCUGUCCCAUCGUAACCUCCUGGGUGAGGAUUAUACCGACUGCUCCUUCAUCUUCCUCUACAUCCUCUGCACCAUGUCCAUCAGACAGAAUAUCCAAAAGAUGCUGGGGCUCGCACCUUCCAGAGCUGCUACCAAACAGGCCGGAGGUUUUCUUGGACCUCCUCCCCAAGCGGCCAAGUUUUCCUGACUGCCAGGCGUUUCCAGCGGUCUUACUGUCUGCAGGUUCUCACCAGUCACAGCACCAGCAGACCUGUUAGUCUGUCAUGGUUUGGAUUGGUUCUUCACAAAUGUGUCACAUUCUCUUUUUUUAGCAGUUAGAAGAGUUUUUGUUCAUAGACAUUACAAAAGGAAUCAAAGGUUCAUGUCAAGGUUCAGUUAGGUUUAGUUCAUGUCAAACAUUGUCUGGUUUUAAUUAUAAUUGACCUAAUAAGGUUAAUUUUUCAUUCGAGCUGCACGCUGUUGUCUGCAUCCUUGCUUCUUACUGAUUAAUAAAGUUUUGUCAUCAUUUUGGUGUUUUUUUUAUGCAUUUUACUCAAAAAAGGCUUAAAAUCACUAAUUUCAUGAGUA